GAAAUCAUGUGUUAUAAUUGCGGUAGUAUGGGACAUAUGGCCAAAUUUUGUCAGAAUAAUAAUUUUCAACAGCAAGGUUAUAGAAAUCAGGAAAGAGUUAAAAGUGAAGAAAUAGGACUGAGAUGCUACAGUUGUGGUAAUGUAGGACAUUUGGCGAGAUUUUGUCAAAAUCAUCAUUUUUUUUAU